AUGGCAACAUCAACUAAUAAGCUACUCUGUGUUAAAUGCGAAAAAGUAAGAGCAACAUCAAAAUGCGCAGGAUGUUCACACGAUUAUUGCUAUGAUCAUUUACGAGAUCAUCGACAAGAAUUAAAUAUACAAUUAGAUUAUAUUGAAAAUAAUCAUAAUCAUUUCCGACAAAUACUUAAUGAAUAUAUAAAUAAUUCAGAAAUACAUGCUUUCAUUCAACAGGUCGAUCAAUGGGAAAAAGAGUUAAUCAAUAAAAUUCAACAAAAAGCAAAUGAAUGUAGAGAAUUAUUAAAAAAGCAUAUUAAUGAAAAUAUACAUCAGAUUGAAAUUAAUUUAAAUAAACAAACUGAUCAAUUAAGAAAUAUUGUUAAAGAAAAUGAUUUUAAUGAAAUUGAUUUAAAUGAACUUAAUGAAAAAUUAAAAGAAUUAGAACGACAACUUCAUUAA